UGAAUUGUGAAUUAUUUUAACAGCUGUUUUUGCAUUAGUCGACUUAAAAUCUUGAGGUUAGGCUUAGAUUAGAUUUGCACUGUUUUCAAGUUUGAAUAAAUUAAAAAAUUAAAUUCGGUUAAAUGGCAUUUAGUAGCUACAUAAUUAAAUCGCAAUUACAGCGUAGUAUAAAUGGAAUAACUCCGCUAUUGUCAAUUAUACGUAACGGUCAUACCAUAAGGGGAAAAAGGCCUGGAGUGGCCAGAACGUUAGAGCAACGUCUACGAGAAGAGAAUCCACAGGAUGCGGAACUAACAGCUCGUGUUGAUAUUGGGUUCCCAAAAUUGAGAGCUCCAAAGUCGCACCGCCAGGAAAGAAUGCAGCAUCUAAAGGUGCAAAGGAAAAGCGUGGAAUUGGAAAAAAAGGCACGCAAUCACACACUGUUAAUAAAUUUGGAUGAUGUUUCCAAAGAAUAUGUGCAACUUAAUCGUGCUUACGAUGUACGCAUUAUAGCCGAUCAUUAUGGCGUUUACAAAGAUCUCUUUGAUUUGGCUUAUUUUAUACCACGUGUUAAUUUGGACAUACAAUAUCAACUUGACAAUGGCAUUAACAUUCCCGUCUAUAACGGUAAUGUUAUUAAACCUUUGGAAGCCCGCAAAAUGCCUUCAGUUCAGUUUGACGGGAAAACGGAUCCGAUUACGGGAAAACCUACCAGUAGUGAGAAUUUAUGGUGUCUUCUGGCUACAAAUCCAGACAGUUAUCCCGCUGCUCAAAACAAAGAAAUUGUUCAUUGGUUCAUAGCUAAUAUACCUAACGGCGAGGUAUCUAAAGGUGAAGUAUUGAUUGAUUAUUUACAACCUUUUCCUCCUAAAGGCAUCGGCUUUCAACGCUUUGUAUUUGUUUUGUAUAAGCAGAAGAAAAAAAUUGAUUUCAAUAGUUUUAAAAUGGACAAAAUGUCUAAUAAUCACUUAGAGAAACGCACGUUUAAAACUUUAGACUUCUAUCGUCAAUAUCAAGAUGAAAUAACACCAGCUGGAUUAGCUUUCUACCAAACCGAUUACGAUAAUUCUCUAACGAAGUUUUAUCAUGAAGUUUUAAAUAUGAAAGAACCUAUUUAUGAAUAUGAUUUUCCUGAUAUAUAUAUGGCAGAUCAAAAACAAUUUCCUUUAAAGCGACCCUUUAACACAUAUAUGGAUCGUUAUCGUGAUAUUAAGCAAGUGAACAAAGAGUUUUUGGAACGUAAGUUGGCCAAAACACAUCCAUUUGACGGUCCCGAGCCACCGUUACGUUAUCCCAAUGCUCAGCCGCUACGUAAUAUACCGUCGUGGUUGCGUACAGAGAUUAGAAAGGAACGUUUAAAAAUUGGUCGCAUUAAUGAUUAUUAAAAAGGAGAAAUCGUAUAUAUUUUGCUUGUAAAAUUCAACGAAAGAGAGAAGGAACUAAAGUGUACUUCUUUUUUCUUUUUUUUUUUUAAAUAAAGUAGAUAUCUCUUUUUAAGCUAAUCUUAUUAUUUGAAU